CCAUGGCUUAUAUGCACGACAAUGGGGUCGUUCAUCAGGACUGCCACACGAAGAACGUACUGGUGUUCAGCGCACCGGACGGUGAGUAUACGGCCAAAUGGAUUGUCCACACCCGGCCGUACAAACAGUCCGGUCACUCCAGAAGCACAGGUAUUGGGAGCCACAGGCGGCGAACCGCUACCCGAGACCCCCACCGGUCCGCCACAACAUGUGCCAACAGGCAGAACACCCCGUCACCGGUACAUUGAGCCCCCUAUCCGGCGACUGGAAGCGUUGUAUAUAGAAAUGCCUGACGGGUAUCCUAUGGCAGGUCAGGCCAACACCAUAUCGGGUGAGCUAUACCUGAGUAGCGGCGCUGAGUCGGCGCGAGGAUUGCGGGACAAAACGAUCAGAGAUUUGGCUAAACUAGAGGGCAAAGGGUUUACCAUACAGUUUGAUAGGGGCUCGGAGAUUGGCGAGGGCUUUUUCAGCAAGGUGUUCCGGGGUACCUACAAUGAACAGGGCCGACACCUGGAUGUAAAGCCGAGCCAAGAGUUUGCCGCCAAAUACGUAGAGUUGGCGCCCAAUAGCGAAAGGGAACGGUAUCUCUACCACGAGUGCGAAAAGCGUACACUCAGAUCACUCAGGCAUUCAAACAUUGUCUCCUAUAGAGUGGCCAUUAAUUUAGGCCAACGAGUGAUACUUCGCAACGUAUCGGACACCGAGUGCGGCGAUAUUGUCACAUAUAGGCGCAUGUUUUUGAUCAUGGACUACGCCGACCAGGGUACUUUGUAUCAGUUUGGUAUGAAGGGUAUGCUUACCGAUUAUUUAACGGUGCAAUUCACGCGUGAGUUGAGCUCAGCCAUGGCUUAUAUGCACGACAAUGGGGUCGUUCAUCAGGACUGCCACACGAAGAACGUACUGGUGUUCAGCGCACCGGAC